AUGGUGCUCAAGCCUUUCCCUACUGACUACUUUGUCGGCACUGUUGUGCGUCUUCUUGACACCAUCAAGUACCGCGACAGCAACUACACCCGCGAGAAGCGUGUGGAGAACCUUCACUAUGCCUAUGCCCAGGCUGCAGAGCACUUCUCUCAGCCUCGCAUCCAAGAGACGCUCAAGGCUGACCCCAAGCGGCUGCAGGCGUCUCUGCAGACCAUCACCGGCAUGACCGUGUACAGUUGGGCUAAGGUUUCCCAGCAACUCAUGGCUGACCUCAGCACCCACUACACAUACACCCUUGUUUUGGACGACAGCACCGAUGACCCCCACCCCCAGAUGCAAAACUUCUUUGACGACCUGGUCAACGGCCGCACCCAGAGUCACCCUUGGUUGCAACUUGUGUUCGAACACUUCCCCAAUGUCCUGAGACACUUCGGACCUUACUGCUCGAUGUACCUGAUUCGCAGCACUGUUGACUUCUUCCAGGGUUGCUGGGUUGAACAGUACAACUUCCACGGCUUCGAGGGAGCCCAUGACUACCCCCUCUUCCUCCGCCGCCUAAACGGUCUGGGCCACUGUGUCGGUGGAUCCCUCUGGCCCAAGGACCAGUUCGAUGAGAAGAAGCUGUUCACGGAGAUCACCGCAGCAGUCGCACAGAUGGAAAACUGGAUGGUCUUCGUCAACGACCUGCUCUCCUUUUACAAGGAAUACGAUGACCCCCGCGACCAGACCAGCCUGAUCAUGAACUACUGCAAGACAUAUAACCUGACCGUCGACGAGGGUCUCGAGAAGCUCACCAAAGAUACCCUUCACAGUUGCGAGCAAAUGAUGGCCGUCUUCUCCGACAAGGACCCCCAGCUGAUGGAGACCAUCGAGUCCUUCAUGCACGGAUACGUCACAUGGCAUCUUUGCGACAAGCGCUACCGUCUCCCCGAGAUCUACGAGCAGGUCACAGGCAACAGCGAAGUCGAAGUCAAGUUCCGGAAGUACUGCGAGCAGGCGUACGCCGUCGGCUCCAUCGACGCCGACGAAUGGGCUUACCCAACUAUCAAUGAGUUGGUUGAACAGAAGAAGAAGGAGGCUGAGCUUGAGAACAGCUUUGAUAGUAUAAUGACAAUCUAA